AUGUACAUGUUAGUAAUGGUUCUACUGGGAAGUAUGAGAGAUAUAAUUUUAGAUCACGCUGAUUUCCUUAUAUUCCAACAUUUUUAUAUGGGUUUCUCAAAUUUCAAUUUAUUAAAUAUGUCAGGUUUCUAUUGUCUUGAAGAAGACUUUUACAAUUCUAUCACACAUUCAAAUAAAAAUAAAAUUCAUCAAUUAGCUGAUGAAUCGUUGGAUACGUUGCAUGGAAUUGAUCUGAUAGGCUCUCUCGAUAAAUCCAAUAUUAUAUAUGAUGGAAAUAUCAUUAUUUUUAAUGAAAAGUUUUGCGUAAAUAUUGGAACCCAGCCUGAGAAUGAGGACGAAGAUGAGAGACUUAAUAUGCCCAUAUCACGACGAAUUCUAUAUUAA